CACACGCACAGCCUCGCUCCAGAAUAGACAGACGUGGGGCCGAUUUCUACAAAAGACAGCACCCGGCAACCAUCAGCCCUCCUCCGAGUUCGCUGCAGUUGUGUGUGCACGAUUGUAGCUCAAGGCGACGAGGGGUUUGCCAUUUUUGUGCUAGAAAACACACACACCUCCUGUCGCACCCGACCUCAUUGUGAAGCUCACUCGCUGCUUCACAUGUCGAACUUGCAUGGGUCUGUAGCCUGUCCAAAUUUGUAGGCACCAGAGGGAUUGCUGAAGAAAUGGCGGAUGAGGAGGGGAGAGAUGGAACUGAUGUAACAUCUUCAAGCUGGCGUAAAGAUGAAGAGUAUACCAAAGAUGGAACUGUGGAUUUCCGAGGACGACAAGCCGUCAAGGCGAGGACUGGAGGGUGGAGGACAUCAUGGUUCAUAUACUCGAAUCAGGUGUUCGUAAAUCUUGCCUGGUAUGGGUGCUCCACCAACCUGGUCACGUACCUCACGUCUGUGAUGCACCAGAGCAACUCUGCAGCAGCAACAAAUGUGAGCAACUGGAAUGGAGCUGGCUACGUUACUCCCCUUAUUGGAGCAUUUCUGGCGGACGGCUACUGGGGCCGAUACUGGGCUGCCGUUGUCUGCUGCCUUAUUUAUAUCAUUGGCAUGAUCUUCCUUACAUUUUCGGCUUCUUUAAGAUCGUUAAGACCCCAGCAAUGCUCCACUGAAGAUGUGUUGUGCACCCACUCAUCUCUUGGGCAGGCAGCCUUCUUGUUCUUCGCAUUGUAUGUGAUUGAUGUUGGAGCAGGGGGUGUCCAAGCUACGGUGACAUCCUUUGGAGCUGAUCAAUUCGACGAAGAAGAUUCCAAGGAAAAAACACAGAAAACCUCCUUUUUCAAUUGGUUCUAUCAGUCUACCAUCUUAGGAGGGCUUUUAGCAGCGACCUUUUUUGUGUACAUCCAAGACAAUGUUAGCUGGGGUUUGGGGUUCGGAGCUUCACUAAUCGCUGUUAUCAUUGGUACCAUCUCCUUUAUAGCGGGAACUCCAUUCUACCGACACCAUCCACCAGGUGGUAACCCGCUUACUAGAAUCGGACAAGUGAUUGUUGCGUCAGCUAGAAAAUGGCACCACAAAAUUCCGGUUGGCAGCGAACUCUACGAGGUUAGAGAAGUAACGAACUCUGUCAUUCAAGGAGGCCGUAAAAUACGACACACAAAAGAGUUCAGGUUUCUUGACAAAGCAGCCGUGGAGAUGCAGGGGGACAGGAUCAAUGAGAGCCAUGUGGACCCCUGGAGGCUUUGCACCAUUACCCAAGUUGAGGAGGUUAAAGUUGUCUUGCGGAUGAUUCCCAUUAUGAUCACUAGCGCUAUGUUCUCCACCGUGUACAAUCAGUUGUACACACUCUUCAUCAUCCAAGGAUCAUCUAUGGAUCUGCGAAUGGGCAACUUCAAGAUUCCUCCUGCAUCUCUUUCUGUAUUUGAGCUCUUAAGCGUUACUGUUUGGGUACAAGUUUAUGACUUUGUUUUGAUACGAUUUGUCUCUAAAUUCACUAAAAAUCCUCGGGGCUUCACAGAGCUUCAACGCAUAGGAAUUGGGCUCUUCAUCUCAAUCUUCGGCAUGAUAGCAGCCGCUCUACUUGAAAUUGAACGUUUGAAGGUGGCGCGUCAUCACGGGCUCUUGGACAACCCUGAAGUUCCGGUACCGCUCAGUGUCUUCUGGCAGGUCCCCCAGUUUUCCUUGGUGGGAGCUUCUGAAGUGUUUGGCUAUAUAGGCAUAUUCGAGUUCUUCUACGGCGAAUCUCCAGAUGCCAUGCGAGGACUGGGCAGUGCUUUUGCUUUGCUGACAAUUGCUUUAGGGAGCUUCCUGAGCAGUGUGCUGCUAACCAUUGUCACUCGCAUCACGACGAGGAAUGGUGCUCCGGGAUGGGUUGCAGAUAACAUCAACAGGGGCCACAUCGAUUAUUUUUUCUGGCUGCUGGCGGGGAUGAGCGCUAUGAAUCUUGUGCUCUUUGUGCUGUGCUCCAGAUGGUACAAAACAAUCCGGACAUGGCGUCCAACGGUCCAAGGCAACUAAAUUGCCUUUUUUCAUUUUAUUUUUGACUGCUGAGAAUCUCAUUGUGUUUCUACUUCAUAGCUGCAUCGGUCAUUGGUGGCUUUACAAUACUGCUAUAAAUCCAAGACUUUCUCUCUUCGCUGUUUUAGCAGUUCGAAGUAAAGGAGCUUUGAGGAAGGUGAAGCAGCCUAGUUUUCCAGGAAGGUGAAGAUUAUUUCUGCAAAAGAUACUGAUUUCAGCCACCUGCAGAACAUUUGACUCAUGCUUGAAUGCCCAACUUGUUUUUGUUAUGACCCUUCGCCUUCUUAGCAUUUGGAACUAUUCUUUUUA